UGCUGCGUAUCUUUUCGUGUCUCCUCUCAUCGCAUACUAAGCAGAAGUCGCAUGUGAACUCCCACUUAAUUCUCCGUCGCAGGGAGAAAAAAAAAAGAAUUGCAGCCUCUUCAGAUUCCACAGCGCUUAAUGGGAAUACGGGCUCCGAGCUGAAUCUGCGUCCUCCAGCCUGAAGAAUCGUGCGCUUUACAGGAAGUUCUGCGCCGUUUGAUGCUGAAGCCAUCACAGCCGUCGCGUUUCUCCGGACUUUCUCCACUGUCUAUUUGGAUCGGACGCGCGCUGACCGGACGGAGUAUAUUUCAGCUGGGGUUUUUUUUUUCUGGGGAGAAUUCCCGAGACUGGUGAAGGAUAUCUCGGUUUUUCUUGGCGCUCGAUAGAAAGCAGCCGCAUCCACGCCGGGAGGGCAUCGAGGGAGUGCGGCUUUAAAGGAGGAAGCGCAUCCAUCCAGUUCUCCCUCCUCCUCCUCCUCCUCCUCCUCCUUCAUUUGGACUGGAGCCUCAGGAUUUAAAGCAGUCAUCCCGCAGGAGGAGAAUUGAUUUGCCGCUGGAGAGAUGAAAGUUUUGCCGCCUGUGAUGCUUCUGCUCGCAUUUUGGAGUCUGGAGUGGGAGCCUGUGCUCGCCGAUUCCAUUAUUCACAUCGGGGCCAUAUUUGACGAAUCUGCCAAAAAGGAUGAUGAGGUAUUCCGCAUGGCGGUGGCUGACCUCAACCUCAACAACGAGAUCCUCGAGACUGAGAAGAUCACCUUCUCCGUGGAGUUUGUGGAUGGAAACAACCCCUUCCAGGCAGUACAGGAAGCCUGUGAGCUGAUGAAUAGAGGCAUCCUUGCUCUGGUAAGCUCAAUCGGAUGCAUGUCUGCAGGCUCACUUCAGACCCUGGCCGAUGCCAUGCACAUCCCACAUCUGUUUAUCCAGAGAGCACCAGCGGGCACACCUCGCUCCAGCUGCCCUCCAACCAGCCACGGGCAACCCGAUGACUACACACUCUUUGUUCGGCCUCCUGUGUACCUGAAUGAUGUCAUCUUCCAAGUGGUGAUGGAGUACACCUGGCAGAAGUUUAUAAUCUUUUAUGACACAGAUUACGAUAUCCGUGGGAUCCAAGACUUUCUGGACAAGUCGUCCCAGCAGGGGAUGGACGUUUCCCUACAGAAGGUGGAAUCAAACAUCAACAUGAUGAUCACUGGAAUGUUCCGCACCAUGAGGAUGGAAGAGUUGCACCGCUACAGGGACACGCUGCGCCGUGCCGUUCUCUUCAUGAGUCCUGCAAGUGCCAAGGCCUUUAUUACAGAGGUAGUGGAAACCAACUUGGUUGCUUUUGAUUGCCACUGGAUCAUCAUAAAUGAGGAGAUCUCAGAUCUGGAUGUGCAGGAGUUGGUGGUGAAAUCUAUAGGACGUCUGACUCUCAUCCGACAGACCUUCCCUCUUCCUCAGAAUGCCAGCCAGCAAUGUGUGCGGAACAACCACCGUAUCAACAACUCUCUCUGUAACCCCAAGGACCCCAAGGCUCAGACAUUAGAGAUCACCAACCGCUACAUCUAUGACACAGUGUUGCUGCUGGCCAAUACCUUCCACAGGAAGCUGGAGGACCGCAAGUGGCACAGCAUGGCAAGCCUCUCCUGCAUCCGCAAAGGGUCCAAGCCGUGGCAGGGUGGCCGCUCCAUGCUGGAGACUGUCAAAAAGAGUGGAGUAAGCGGUCUGACAAAUUUGCUGGAAUUUAAUGAUAAUGGAACAAACCCCAACAUCUUUUUUGAAAUCCUGGGGACAAACUAUGGAGAGGACCGUGGCCGUGGAGUCAGCAGGCUGGCGACCUGGGACCCUGUCCAUGGACUAAAUGGGACGUUGUCAGACCGGAAACUAGAGAACAACAUGCGCGGGGUGGUGCUACGUGUUGUUACAGUCCUGGAAGAGCCAUUUGUCAUGGUGUCUGAGAAUGUGUUGGGGAAGCCGAAAAAGUAUCAGGGAUUCGCCAUUGAUGUUUUGGAUGCUCUGUCUAACUACCUCGGCUUCAAGUAUGAGAUCUACUUGGCUCCUGAUCAUAAAUAUGGCAGCCAACAAGCUGAUGGAAGCUGGAACGGGCUAAUUGGAGAGCUGGUGUUCAAGAGAGCAGAUGUGGGGAUCUCAGCGCUGACCAUCACGCCUGAGCGAGAGAGCGUAGUGGACUUCACCACGCGCUACAUGGACUACUCUGUGGGCGUGCUGCUGAAGAAAGCUGAGCGCACGGUGGACAUGUUUGCCUGCUUGGCGCCUUUCGACCUGUCGCUGUGGGCGUGCAUCGCUGGCACUGUACUGCUUGUAGGCACCCUUGUGUAUCUGCUUAACUGGCUCAACCCGCCACGACUGCCCAUGGGCUCUGUGUCCUCUACUACUCUUUAUAACUCCAUGUGGUUCGUCUACGGCUCCUUCGUCCAGCAGGGUGGUGAAGUGCCAUACACCACUCUGGCCACAAGGUUGAUGAUGGGUGUUUGGUGGCUCUUUGCUUUAAUCGUCAUUUCUUCCUACACGGCUAAUCUGGCAGCUUUCCUCACCAUCUCCCGCAUUGAAAAUUCCAUCCAGUCACUCCAGGACCUGUCGAAGCAAACGGAGCUGCCAUACGGCACUGUGCUGGACUCUGCCGUGUACGACCAGCUGCGCAGUAAAGGCAUGAACCCUUUUGAGCGAGAUCCAAUGUACUCACAGAUGUGGAGGAUGAUCAACCAGUCAGGGGGAGCUGAUAAUAACGUGGAGGAUUCAAAGGAGGGUAUUCGCAAGGUAAAGUACGGCCGCUUUGCAUUUGUGUGGGAUGCAGCUGUGCUGGAGUAUGUGGCUAUUAACGAUGAGGAUUGCUCCUUCUACACUGUGAGCAAUAAUGCACCAGACAGAGGCUACGGCAUUGCCAUGCAGCACGGCAGCCCUUACAGAGACAUCUUUUCUCAGAGGAUUUUGGAGCUGCAGCAAAACGGGGACAUGGAUAUCCUAAAGCUCAAGUGGUGGCCCAGAGAAAGCCCAUGUGACCUGUACUCUGCCAUGGGCACCAAGAAAAGUGCCAGCGCCUUAGACAUCCACAGUUUUGCUGGUGUGUUCUUUGUGCUUGCAGCCGGUGUGGUUCUGUCCUGCCUUAUUGCCACUGUUGAGACCUGGUGGACACGGAGGAAGGGAUCCAGAGUCCCCUCUAAGGAGACACGAGUUGACGGGCAGUCUGUGAGGCCAGAAGAGCCUUGUCAUGAGCCUCGGAGUGACAUCACGCUCACACUCAGGCCCACAUCCAAUCACCUGUCGCCUGCAUGCUGUGCCCCGCCUCUGGACUCUAGCCUGCGCCACACGUUUGCUAUUCCGUCUCGAACCGUUUUCUGCCAACACUAAGCCACCUUCUCUGUCCGCUUGCACCAAGCUUCAAGCCCCACAUAGGUAGUGGAAUGAGUGGAAUAAACCCUCAACAAUCCAAAAGUGCACAAAUUGCCUUAUGAAUUGGCUCUGCCAUCGGUAAAGCACAAAUAAAUACAUCUUGGCUGAAGAGAGAUUUACAGAGGUUCCAUUAUGAACUGUGAUUGAACAUUUUAGACAAUCCAUUGCAUAAAUAGAAACUUCAAGAAUUUGAUUUUUUAUGGUGACUAAUGUAGAUUGAUAUUUUUGUAAUUUGAGGUCUAUAGAUUAGAACAUUGAUUAUAAAAGAUCUUUUGAAAAGAAUUAGCCUCAGGUGAAGUGGCAGACAGGCUUGAAUGGCAACACUGACUCUGAUACUAUAUAACAAGCACUGAUUUGCAAGAAUGCUGAUUUUUCAAAAACAUUUAGACUGGUACCAAAUAAAAAAAUUGGAAAAGCCUGAUGCUGGAACGGUUAUGAAUGUUAAAUCAAUCUUUAAAAGUUUUACAGUAGAUACGGUACAGCACACAGAAGAAAUCUCUUAAAUAAAAAAUAAGGAAAAUGCAGUUUAGAUUCAUGAGGCUCAUCAAUGUCUUGCUUCCAGAAAAAACAUGAAUAAUAUUUUUCUUCUAAGCAGUUAUAUGGCGUUCAUAAAAAUUGACAGGAUAAUCUGUUUUCCAUAGGCAUCACAUUAGAAAACAAAUUGUACAGCAAAACAUUUUUAUGUACAGCAAAUCCUCAUCUAGGUAUAGACUAUUGUAGCAAAGUUACCUCAUCCCUUAAUAAACCCAGGUAUAAACAACAUACACACAGACUAUAUACGGAUCCCCACAUUUCCUUAUAUCUGAUCUAAUCAGUUCUUUUACUCUAUCAUGUGCCCCCUUUUUUACAAUCUAUCUACUAUAUGGUCAAGUACCCAUGAGCACACUACAUUUUGCCCUACCCCUCUCUAAGGGAGUUUGGCUUACCAUCCGGCUUCUGCUGCCACCUGGGCUGCUGUUUUGUGUGUUUGUUUUUUUGUUAGUUUGUUUUCUCGUGAAAGGCUCGAUGCAAACGCAAUGACAUCUCAUUGUGACAUUAAUAUUAAACAUUUGGAAGUUCUAUUAGCUCAUUAAGGGGCCAACUUGGCCCAGUCUCUGUAAUCUUGAAAAAGAAAAAAAGUUCCACCAUCAACUACCAAUAUACAACAUCAGGACAGGAAGGGUUUGUGUUUGUUUGGCUGCCAUGCUGCUUAUCAAAUUGGAAAGUUUCCACAGGUGUACAUUUGUCGUUUUAGGGUGUGGCUAUGGAUGUAACCCUGCAAACAGGUUCAUUGGCAUUAAUAUUUAAUAUCCCUUUCUGUUAAAAUAGCCUCAAACCGCUGUGUGAGAUGUAAUCAUCUGGACACACGUACAUUUUUAGCCAUUGUAAUACUAUAAAAAUUAGCUUGCUGAUAUAAUAAUUGGAUAGCAGUUUAGUAUUUUAAAACUCCAUUUUUACCAUUGUCCAGUUGAGAAAAGUGCUACUUAUACACAAUGCUUGAUCCCAUGGCAAAAAAUAUAUUCAUUUGCUUUUGUUACUAUAGUUCAUUUGUCCUUUUUGUGCCUUUCCUUCCCCAUACCCAUUUGUUUAUAUUGCUCACAUUGCAACCCACUCGUUGCAUAACAUUUCAUAACCCUUUUAAUCUUUUUCCCGUUCAAAUCUCUAUAAUCACACAUACAUGUGAUUUAUUUUGCCUUAUUCAUUACUCAAAUCUAUAACACUCAUUCACAUCUUCCUUGUCUGCUAACCAUCAUCUCUUUUUGCCCCACUGCUUUGUUUCACACUAACACAUCCACCUAUACUUCUACACCUCUGACCGUACACCCACUUUCCUCACUUUUAUACCCCUUACUUCUUCUGUCCUCUGCUCCUGCUACUCCUAUAACAACCCUCACCCCUCCUCCUUCUUUCUUUCUCUCUAUCUCUCUGUCUCUCUCUCUUUUACCCCACCCCUUCCCCACUCCACCUCUUCUACCUUUCUCAACCCCUCGUCUCAGGAUGACAAGGAGAUCGACCUGGAGCACCUCCACCGGCGCGUGAACAGCCUGUGCACAGAGGAUGAGAGCCCA